UUAAUAUCUUUUCAUGAAAUCAAUCUACAACAUAACAUAAAUGAUGUUAUUGAAUAGAUUAGCUGAUCAGGUUACACUAGUCUGCAACAUCAUUGUGCAUGAGGGCCAUUUCUAAGAAGUAAGAAGAAGAGGUCUCAGCGCCGAAAGAAGGUGACCUUCUCUUCUAAUUAUCACAGACACAGACCCAAGUCACACUCCCACGUCCUUUCCCCCUUUCUGUUUAGAAAAUCAGAAAAAAGAGGUUUAUAUACAAAGUUUUGGGGAAGAGGGAAGCAAAAAACCAAAGCUAGCUUUGCUCUCUCAGAACAGAACCACUUACUCGGGUCGCCCACCAACGGCGUCGCUUUUCCGUUCCCGUCCUUCUCUUACCCUUCCCCAGAAAACCAAGAAAACCCCACCUCUGUUUUCCCCACAAAAACCCAAAACCCCAUUCUCAGUUUCCACUCACAUUCUUUCUUUCUUUCUUUCUUUCACUCUCUAAUGGCAACGGCUAGUUUCUUCUUCUUCCUGAUCAUCCCAGCCCUCUACUUCUCCGCCGCAUUAACCGCCGGUCAACCCCUCCUCUCCGAAAUCCAAGCCUUGACCUCCUUCAAGCUCAACCUCCACGACCCCCUCGGCGCACUCACCGGCUGGGACCCAUCCACGCCCUCAGCCCCAUGCGACUGGCGCGGCGUCGUUUGCUCCAACACCACCAACCGACGAGUCAGCGAACUCAGCCUCCCUCGUCUCCACCUCGCGGGUGGACUCACCGACCAACUCGCUUCCCUCCGUGACCUCCGGAAGCUCAACCUCCACUCCAACAACUUCAACGGCUCCAUUCCUCCCUCUCUCUCCCAAUGCGCGUCGCUACGCGCCCUCUACCUCCACGCCAACUCACUCUCCGGCGGCCUCCCGCCGGCCGUCCUCAACCUCACCAACCUCCAAAUCCUCGACCUUUCUCACAACUCCCUCACCGGAAAAAUCUCCGGCGACAUUCCGGCCAGCCUCCGGUACCUCGACCUUUCCUACAAUGCAUUCACCGGCGACGUUCCGGUCAACUUCUCCGCCGGCUCAAACCUCCAGCACAUCAAUUUCUCCUUCAAUCAGUUCACCGGCGGCGUUCCGGCGACCAUCGGCCGGCUGCAGUCACUGCAACAUCUCUGGCUGGACUCGAACCAGCUCACCGGUACGAUUCCUUCAGCCAUUUCCAACUGCUCCUCUCUCAUACACUUCAGCGCCGACGACAACGCGCUCCGUGGACUAAUUCCGGCCACUCUCGGCGCCAUUCCGAAGCUUCAGGUGGUUUCUUUAGCCCGGAACAGCUUAUCAGGCUCAGUUCCCAUUUCUUUAUUGUGCAAUGAGAAUGUGAACUCUUCUUCAAUGAGGAUAGUGGAUCUAGGGACUAAUGCGCUCACGGGAAUUGCGCCGCCGCAAAAUGGAAGGUGUUCAGGUAUCUUGGAGGAUGUGGUUCUUAAAAACAAUCGCAUUGGCGGCGGGUUUCCGGCCUGGUUGAGCAAUGUGACUACCUUAAAGAUCUUGGAUGUUUCUGGAAACUUGUUUUCGGGUGGAUUGCCGGCUGAAAUCGGCAAUCUUUUCCGGCUGCAGGAGCUCCGGGUGGGUAAUAAUUCACUGAUUGGUGAAAUUCCUACCGAGAUUGCGAGGUGCAGCUUGUUACAGAUUCUUGAUCUUGAAGCUAACUUCUUUCGGGGUAAAUUUCCGUUGUUUCUGGGAGAUAUGAAGAGGUUAAAGGUGUUGUCUUUGGGUGGGAAUGAAAUCUCGGGUACUAUCCCGGCGAGUUUGGGAACACUUUUGGGGCUGGAGUCCUUGAACCUGAGUGGUAAUAAUCUGACAGGGGAAGUUCCGGUUGAGGUCAUGCAGCUAAGCAACUUGACUAGUUUGAACUUGAGCAAUAACAAGUUUUCGGGUGAUGUUCUUAAGAAUGUAGGAGCAUUGAGGAGCUUGCAGGCCUUGAAUGUGAGCAAUUGUGGGAUUUCUGGAAGUGUCCCGGCAAGUAUUGGAAGUUUGAUGAGGCUUGCUACACUGGAUUUGAGUAAACAGAAGCUUUCUGGUGAGUUGCCUAGUGAGAUUUUCGGGCUGCCGAAUUUGCAAGUGGUUGCUUUGCAAGAGAAUCAGUUAUCAGGGGAUGUUCCUCAAGGUUUUAGUAGCUUGACCGGCUUAGUCUACCUAAAUCUCUCCUCCAAUGCCUUUACUGGUGUCAUUCCAGCCACUUAUGGAUAUCUAAGGUCACUAAAUGUUCUAUCUUUGUCAAAGAAUCGCAUUUCUGGUGUGAUCCCAUCCGAACUUGGAGAUAGUUUGAGCCUUCAAGUACUUGAGCUUAGUUCUAAUCAAUUGGGGGACAAUAUUCCAGUUGAAAUGUCUCGGCUAUCUAGUUUGGAAGUGCUGGAUUUAGGUCACAAUAGGUUGACAGGUGCAAUACCAGAGGAAGUUUCUAAAUGCUCUGCUCUCACUUCAUUGUUGUUAGAAGGGAAUCAACUUUCAGGUCCAAUACCAAACUCCUUGCAUUUGUUGUCAAACCUUGUGGUGUUGGAUCUUUCCUCAAACCAGUUAAGUGGAACGAUCCCGGCAAAUAUUGCACUCAUUCCACACUUGAAGUACUUGAAUUUGUCGAGCAACAACCUAUCCGGUAAGAUUCCAGAGCCACUAGGUUCUCAAUUCAAUGGUUCUGUCUUCGCAAUGAACCCGGAUUUAUGUGGGAAACCAUUGGACAAAGAAUGUGGAGAUGCUAAAAGGAGAAAGAGAAACAGAUUGAUUUUAUUAAUUGCUGUGGCUGCUGGUGGAGCUCUGCUUCUGUUAUUGUGUUGUUGUGGCUAUGUUUACAGCCUCUUCCGCUGGCGCAAGAAGCUUAGAGAAAUGGUCACUGGGGAGAAGAAGCGUCCCAGUCCGGGACGAGCAAGCUCAGGAGGAGAGAGGUCUGGUCGUGGGAGUGGAGACAAUGGAGGUCCAAAACUUGUUAUGUUCAAUAACAAGAUUACAUAUGCAGAGGCAUUAGAAGCAACAAGACAGUUUGAUGAGGAAAAUGUGUUGAGCAGGGGAAAGUAUGGACUGGUAUUCAAGGCUUCAUUUCAAGAUGGAAUGGUGCUCUCAAUUCGACGCCUUCCUGCUUCUUCUCUUGGUGUGAUCGACGAAGAGGCAUUCCACAAAGAAGCCGAAGCUCUAGGCAAGGUGAAGCAUCGAAAUCUAACAGUUCUCCGAGGCUACUAUGCAGGUCCUGAUGUAAGGCUACUCGUAUACGACUACAUGCCUAAUGGAAACUUGGCCACUCUGCUUCAAGAGGCCUCUCAUCAAGAUGGUCAUGUACUAAAUUGGCCAAUGCGGCAUCUCAUUGCACUCGGCAUUGCAAGAGGGAUAGCUUUCCUGCACUCAGUCUCAAUGGUUCAUGGUGAUGUGAAGCCGCAAAAUGUUCUCUUUGAUGCUGAUUUUGAAGCCCACUUAUCGGAAUUUGGAUUAGACCGGCUAACCAUAAUCUCACCAAAACCGUCCUCCUCAACAUCUACCGCAGUUGGUACAUUAGGCUAUGUGUCACCCGAAGCAAUACUAACCGGCCAAGCAACAAGAGAAGCCGAUGUAUACAGCUUUGGAAUUGUUCUAUUGGAGAUCCUAACCGGAAGGAAGCCUGUGAUGUUCACCGAAGAAGAAGACAUUGUGAAAUGGGUGAAGAAGCAAUUACAGAGAGGUCUAAUCACAGAGCUGCUAGAACCUGGACUACUUGAGCUAGACCCGGAGUCAUCAGAAUCAGAAGAGUUCUUGUUAGGAAUCAAAGUUGGACUCCUCUGCACCGCUCCUGAACCACUUGACAGACCAUCCAUGGCUGACAUUGUGUUCAUGCUUGAAGGCUGCCGCGUCGGACAGGACAUUCCAUCGUCGGCUGACCCAACUUCACUGCCUUCACCGGCCUGAAGUUUUCUUCAUUACUUUUGUUUUUCAAUCAAGAAAAACGUUAUCAUUGUACUAGGUGCUUGUGAUUGAUUAUAUUAAUUCCAUUUUCUUACAUUUGCUUCCUGCUUUUGCCCAACUACAUGAUUACAUUGACCUGACGGCGCCGGAGGGCCACUGAAUCUCCGGGGUCACGUUCAGUAAAGAUUUUCCGGUAAUCAUGUCAGGACGAAAGGGACUUCCUUAACCCUUUAAUGAGUAUUCUCCCGCCAAAUAAGUGGCGCUUAAUCCGUGCCACGUGGCGGGUUUGGGAGUCUGUGAGUGGAGAAAGUAGCCGUUGAUGCGACAGAGGCGCCCUUAUCGGAAAAGACAAUGGGGUCCUUGAUAUUUUUAUCGGCAAAGUGUUGACCCCCACGUGGCCCCUGACCGGACCGUAGAACCAAUCGCUUUAUACAGUACGUGAAGCAAUAAUACGAACCAUGGGGACCCCCACUGUAUCAGAAUAGCUAGCUGAGCAGAGAGGACGGGAUUUUUUUACAGAGAUUAUAGAAUCCUUGUGAUUUUGAUUGAAUAAAACAAGGAGAGAAACAGAGCAUCCCACAUUCAUUUCUUGGCUCACGAAUAUCAGCACAGCUGCUUAGCAUUCAACUGUGCACGACGUGUCGUUUUCACCUUCACUCCGGCGGCCCUACCCUCGUGGGACUCUGAUUCCGACAGGGCAUUCAGUUGGGAGCUGACAUUUGGUGGCAGUUGUGGUAGCUCAUAGCAAUUACUCACAGGCACACAGCAUGUAUCGAUUUAGAUGGUUUUUACUGCCUCUAAUGAAACAUGGAACUUUCAGAGCUCCAACGCUCCUCAGUAUGAAAUUGUAUGGUAGCUUCAAGUUUUCAACAAACUUCUUUCAUGUCUGAGUUUGCGAUGGUCCGAGUUUUCAACCAAGUUGUAACUUGUGACAAUUGAAAGCUCGGAGCAUCGCAUACUCUCAAGCACAACAGUUACUGCUGUUUAGUGAGUCUGUUAACACCAGACCAGCUAAUUGAUUUCAACUCCAGAUGAGGGCCAUGCUGGACCGAGCACAUAUAUUCACAAAUCACAACUCAAUUACAAAUAUAACUAAACGUCAAUAUGACGAAAUCAUGAUGUGAACAACAUAGUCGUUCAAAAUGGAACAGAAUGGAUGCAAUCUAUUAAAACAGCCACUGGUUACAUCUUAGACGUACAGAGACAGUAGGUUGGUAUUUAUGCAUACAUGAGUAUAGCAGAUACAUAUACUCGAAAGAAUAUAAAGACUGAAUUGAAUUUGGAUGAAUCAUCUUAAAUAUAGAGAUACAGAGAUCGUGUAACAUGUACAAAGGGAAUGAAUGCAUAAAGCAACUAAGUAUUUAUUUCAGGCAGCUGUCAAACCUUCAGGAAAGGAUUCACUCUCAG